CUGAAAGAAUUUAUUUUAUCUUCAAUUGUGUUUGCAAUUCCUUUAAAGAAGAAUGUGCACGGGAGGCUGUGCCAAGUGCCUGGGAGGUACUCUCGUCCCCCUGGCUGUGCUCUGCACCCUUGCUAACAUUUUGUUGUUUUUCCCUGGAGGAAAAGUGGCUGAAUACAGUACACACAUUACAGAUGAAGUCUGGUACUUUGGAGGGAUCUUGGGAUCAGGUGUAUUGAUGAUCUUCCCUGCCUUGGUAUUCUUGGGCCUUCAGAAUAAUGAUUGCUGUGGAUGCUGUGGGAAUCGGAGCUGUGGAAAGAGGUUUGCGAUGUUUUCUUCUAUAAUAUUUGCUGCCAUUGGAGUCCUGGGAGCUGGAUACUGCUUUAUUGUGUCAGCAGUAGCCCUAAACAAGGGACCUAAAUGUCAAAGUGGAGGAGACUGGACCUACCCUUUCCAGGCUGGGGAUUACCUUGCUGACCACACGUUGUGGGAACGGUGCACAUCACCGGACAACAUUGUCCCGUGGCACCUGACCCUCUUCUCCUUGCUGCUGGUCAUGAGUGGGAUCCAGGCAGUGCUGUGUGGCAUCCAGGUGGUGAACGGCCUCUUCGGGACCAUCUGUGGGGACUGCAAAUGCUGCGGAUGCUGUGGGGGAGAUGGAACUGUCUAACAAAUAGGAAUAUUGCAGACAACUCUCCUCAUCCUGGGAGAAUCCCUUCUGCAGCUGCUCCACAAAGCAGCCCUCAGAUGCACUGGCUCUGGCUAAGAAGAUGAGACUGAAGGGCUCCUCCUCCCACCAGUGUUAUGAAGCCCUGACUCCCUUUUCAGCCUUCCUGAAAUCCCUCAUCAUGGAAUAAAAUAAGUGAAAUACAACUCUCACAUUCAUAUUUAUUUUUGUAAAACAGCUUCCAUUUAAAAAGAGGGUAUUCUCAGGCAAGAUACAAAUUUGGGUUCCAAUUUUUAUUCAGGUCAGUUAAGUAGCUUGUAAAUCCUCAAAGCUUCCAAUCUAUACAUGAGCACAAAUGCUGUUUAUUAAUCUUUUUGUAGAAGUUCAAUUUAGCUGUAUUUGGCACAGUACUAUGAAAGAGAGAGGAAAGACAAUAGAGAGCUAGCUCAAAGGCAAAACUACCUUUUGGAAAGACCUUUUAAAACUUUAAAAGAAAAAGCUACUUCCCAAAGAAAUCAAGGAGAAAAUAUGAGGGAUUGGAGACAUUUAAGGGAUUCAAAUAAACUAUUUUGCUUCUUUAAAAAAAAUCUGAAACAAAUUUUCACAUACCAGCUUGCCAGGCUGGAUGUCUCAAUGCUUCUCAAUAUUGGCCACAUCUAUUCCCUAAAAUUUUACUACUGAAAAAAUGAUUCUGUGGCCUGUGCUUUCAGAAAAUGCAUGUCAUGUAUUGUGUAUUUACACUAGGAGAUAUCUGAAGAAUCUAGAAGUACUUGAAAGCACUGGAAGCUCUUGAGUAAUAUGCAGAAAUGUUAAACAGUUCGAUAUAGGUACUGAGAAUUAUGUUGUACAAGAUAAUAAAUUACAAAAAAAACCUUUUCAGAAACAGCUGUCUGUCCCACCUGUUCUACUGCACUGCCCAGGAAACUUGAGAGCACCCUUUAUUUCAACACACACUGUGCAGCCAUCUCACAUCUAUUCUUUCAUCUGUGGUGACAGCUGUCCUGCACCUCAUCUCACAUUUGUCCUGUUUGAUUUUUAUGAGGCCUCUGGGAACAAGGAAUGUUUCUCAUCAGCAUUCAACAAAGGGAUGGGUAGCUGCAUAGCAUACAGCUUUGAUAUAUUUCUCAAUAAACAGAAUACAUAAAUCUUUGUGGGAGAUGGGAUAAGAAAUAACAGGCAGCAAGCUGUGAUACCUAAAACCAUAAUCAAUGAGCUACUGCUUCUAAGAGACACCCAGCUACAUGACGGUUUUCUAACAGGAACCAAUAUAUAACUGACACUGACACAAGGCCCACACAUUUCAUCUUGUGAUCCAGACUGCAUUCACACCUUGGCCUUCAGGUGUACUGAAAAGGGUAAAUGAGCCAGAACCAGCAGCCCAGCUGAACUCACACUUUGGAGUGCCAACAACGAUGUUCCAAAAAUCUAUUCAGUUAACCUAACAACUGAGGCUCUCCCCUAGCACUUAAAUUCAAGCAAAUCACACAUCUGUAGUGUCAAUUCUGCAGCAACUGGAGAUUGUUCUGUGUUUUUACUCAGCAGAGCAUCCAGUAAAAUGAAGGAGAGGGAUUAAUCCUAGAACCUCAUAACAGAGAAUGAUGUAAAAAGCCAGUGUUAAUUCUUGAAAAGAAGGCACAGAUAAAGAGAGUGCAGUGCUAGGAAGGGACAGAAAGAUGAUGGUAAGAAAGAAGCCACAAGCAAGGAUAACUGAAAGUGUUAACAGACCACAGGAACCCUGACCAAUUUAAAGACCACACUGUGUUACACUGUGUAGAAAUAUGAACAUACACUAAGACAGAAGUAAAAAUAGUAGCCAAAAGAAAGAAUAUUAGCAUUCUUUGUAAAAUCUCAGAAAUACCCAUGCUGGCUGAAGCUUCAUUUUUCACCCAUUAAAAGUGCCUGCUGGGUGAGCAGGGUGCUGAGAGCAUAGCAACUUCAACACUGCAUGGCACUGUUUUAGCUGAGAGCUAUCACAAAAGGAUACACAUUGGUUAUCUAACAACUCAGAUUACAACAUGUGGAGUAUGGCAUGUGAUUUUGAGCCCAUGCACUUCAGUGGGACAAAACUGAUUAAGCCCCUGCACAAGUGAACUACAUACAGUUAGUUCUCUUUUUUGGUUGUCUUCAAUAAAUAGACUGCAGACAAAUGAUACAUUGGCCACAGGACAGUGUCACCUUUGGGGAAUGAUGCAUUAACCAGAGAUUCUGCAAAAGGUUCAGCUCUAAAGGAGGGAAGUAACAUAUACAAUGUUGAAAAAUUAUUUGCUCAGCCCAGAACCAGGGAUGUUUCCUCACAUCGUUCCAGUCUUGAAUGACCAUCACCUGUCUCCAACUUCAGCUCCCUCUUCAUGGACUGCACAUCACUCAUAUAUGAUGAUGUAUAACCGGUUGCAAGGCAAACAAUACCAAACCCUGGAGCCAUUCCAGCUGUCAGAGGGUGGCAAGGCUGGCUUCUUCCAUUACCUGACAUGGGUGGGGUCUUUGCCCCCAUAUUUUAAUUCAAAUGUAUAUUGAAUAUACAUAUUGAAUAUGUAUAUACAUAUAUGAAUAAUUGACUAUACAAUACAAAAUUGAAUAUUUGAAUUCAAAAUGCAUGCCUUUUCUACAGAAUAGUAUGUCUGCACUGUUAUUCUAAGCAGUGUUUUACCAUUCCCUG